UCACGUUUACCAUGUCUGACAGUAGCACCAGUUCCGAUAGCUCGGUAUCCCAGUUUUUGGCGGCAUUGAUCCCCACUGCGGUCAUCGCAGCUGUGUUUAUACUUCUCUUCAUUGCCAUCCGUAAGAAGCAGAAGAGAGUCUAUGAACCUCGUUCCAUCAUCGAGACCGUCCCAAAAGAUUUGCAAACCGAGUCCACUCCGACGGGCUUAUUUUCCUGGGCUCCCCAUGUUUUGAAGAAAUCCGAGUCCUACCUCAUCCAACAAGCCGGUAUUGAUGGCUACUUCUUUAUCCGUUUUCUUCUUGAGUUUGGUUUGAUUUGUAUCUUGGGAUGUUUCAUCACUUGGCCAAUCUUGUUCCCUGUCAAUGCCACCAACAGUAAUGGCCAAAAGGGUUUCAAUGCCAUCUCAUACUCCAACGUCAACAACAAAUGGAGAUUUUUGGCCCACAUUUUUGUUUCCUGGAUUUUUUUUGGCUCCGUCCUCUUCUUGAUCUACCGUGAAAUUGUCUACUACACUACAUUUAGACACGCUGUACAAACUACUCCAUUGUAUGAUUCUCUACUUUCAUCAAGAACUCUUCUCCUCACAGAAAUUCCUGAAAGUCUUUACGAAGAGGAGACAUUGCGUUCGUAUUUUCCACCAGCUAAGACUAUAUGGUAUGCUAGAGACUAUAAAAAGUUAGAAAAAGAUGUAAAGGAACGUACCAAGUUAGCUGGUAAAUACGAAGGGGCUGCCAACAAGGUCAUCAUUAAGGCUGUCAAGAUGAGGAACAAGGCAAUCAAGAAGAAAAAGCCAACACCAGAGCCUGCCGAUGAAAUUGAUAAAUACUUGAAGGAUGGAAAGAAGAGGCCAACUCAUAGGUUGAAGUUCUUGAUCGGUAAGAAGGUCGAUACAUUGAACUAUGGUGUCGAGAGACUUGGUGAAUUGAACACGUCGAUUAAAGAGCAGCAAGAAAAUUUCAAGGAAAACAAACAGGUUCCAUCUGUCUUCAUCGAGUUUCCAACUCAAUUAGACUUGCAAUUGGCCUACCAAGCCGUUCCAUUCAAUAAGGACUUGAAGGGUGUUAGAAGAUUUAGCGGAUUAGCUCCCAGUGACAUUAUUUGGGAAAACUUACCUUUAACCAAGAAGUCCAGAUGGGCUAAAAAAGUUGUUGCCAAUACUGUCUUGACUUUAAUGAUUAUUUUCUGGGCUAUCCCCGUUGCAGUUGUCGGUGCUAUCUCCAAUAUUAACUUUUUAACAGACAAAGUCCAUUUCCUUAGAUUUAUCGACAACAUGCCUGCAAAACUUAUGGGAAUUAUCACCGGUUUACUUCCAGUGGUUGCCUUGGCUAUUUUGAUGUCUUUGGUUCCUCCAUUUAUUAAGAAGAUGGGUAAAGUUGCUGGCUGUAUUACUAUUCAAGAAGUCAAUGGAUUCUGUCAAGCAUGGUUCUUCGCCUUCCAGGUUGUUCAUUCAUUCCUUGUUGUCACCGUUACUUCUGCCGCAGCUUCCUCUGUUACAUCUAUUAUAAGUAAGCCUGGUACCGCUUUGCAAUUGUUAUCAAGCAAUUUGCCUAAGGCUUCAAAUUUCUAUCUAGCAUUCUUCUGCUUGCAGGGCUUGACUAUUCCCUCUGGUUUGUUGUUGCAAAUUGUUCCUUUGAUUUUGUCACAGGUUUUCAGCAGACUUGCUAGUACCCCUAGAGCUAAAUGGAACGUAUGGUAUAAAAUAGGUUCCCCUGACUGGUCUACCACCUAUCCCGCUUAUCAACUCUUGGCAGUGAUUGGUUUAUGUUAUGCCAUCAUAGCACCAUUGGUGCUUGGAUUUGCUGGUAUCGCUUUUCUUGUUAUUUACUUGGCCUACAUUUACACCUUGGUUUAUGUUUUGCAGCCAAACCCUGUAGACGCUCGUGGUAGAAAUUACCCAAGAGGUUUGUUGCAAUUAUUCGUUGGAUUAUACUUGGCUGAGGUUUGUCUUACAGCUAUGUUUGUCUUUGGUAAGAAUUGGGUCUCUGUUGCUUUGGAAGCUCUCACCAUUCCAGUUACUGUCGCUGUUCACCUCUACUUGAAGUGGAAGUACUUACCAUUGUGGGAAACAGUUCCAAUUUCUGCUAUUAGAUACGCGGCUGGCAACAAGUCACUCGAAUAUCCAAUGCACGACCAGGGUUACAAAGAAAUUAAGACAGAGGGUACUAACUACUGGGAAGGUGGUAAUGAACUUGGUGCCUAUCAAGACCAGGAUGUCACAAUCCAAGGAGGCGCAUCUGAGAGGGCAAACGAAUCUGGACCCGAGUCCAAGGUUGCUGGCUCAGAUGAAUCAGACAAGCAUAGUCCCUUCGACAAGGCAUCCGAGCUUGAAGGAGGUAAGACUGCUGCUGUCGGUCAAGUUGUGGCUGUUCCAGGAAAGGGUGUUUCUUGGUUAACAAAGUUCUUCAAGCCAAAAUCCGAAACCUUUGAUAUCGUACGUGCGAAGAUGCCAGCAUGCUACUUCAACUACAUUGAAUACAAUGAUGAGUUCGUGAAGACAGCUUAUGCUGAUCCAUCUGUUACUGACGAAGAACCUCACAUUUGGAUUGUCAAGGACAAUUUGGGUCUCUCUGACAUUGAGAUGAAUAGGGCUAUUGAAGGUGGAGUUGAUGUUUCCAACAGUAAUACCGAGUUCAACGAGAAGGGUUCCGCAACCUACACCGGACCACCACCUAGUUACGAAGAGGCACUCAAAGUUUAAUUUUCUCUAUUUAGUUUGUAUUAUUUGUUUGCUACAAGUGUUCUCUCCUUUAGUUUCAACUUCAGUCAUGCUUCUUAAAUGACAUUAAUUGUAUAAUAAACGAUAUUUAUUUGGAAA